AUCAUUCAACAGACGCGUAGCGUUUCCCUUAUAAUUUGACUUGAGAUAAAUUUUAUAUGCAGACUAAAAACCCGAGGGAGUACAUCUUUUGCGAUGCCGGCCACCUUGUUUGAACUUUUGCCUCUCUUUUUCCCGCUAAAAUAUGUGUGAGGAUAUCUGUACGCUUCGUUUUUUCAGUUGAACUGCUCCCGGUCCUGUCCUGUACUCCCGUUCCGGUAUCGGUGAAUGCAGAGCAGUUAGAAAAGCAAAUUCCAGCAAACUAAAGCAACCACUCCUGCAAACCCAACCACACUCAACUUGUUCACCAUCAAGCUCUUCGAUCAAUCAUUCUUCCAACUAUUCCAUUACCUCUGUACCCGAUCUGCAUGGUGCCUGCUUGCAUAUAUGCUGCAUUGCGGCAUGGCAUCUACGCAACAAGCAAUCUUCAUCUCCAUCUCAAUCUCCCAAACAAGCAGGACGUACCUAGCAGCUAGCCAUCCUAGCCAGCAUGAGCAGCACCAACGAGGCCACCGUCAUCCACAUGGACGACACCACCGGCAAGGCACCGGUCACGUCUGCACCACCGCCAGCUGCCGCAGCCGCGCCGGUGCAGCAGCAGCAGCGCAAGUCCGGCGGCGGCGUGCCGUUCAUCCUGCGCAGCGGCGCCGAGGGCUUCCGUCGCUGCAUGGCCUUCGUGGACCUGCUGCUCAGGGUGGUGGCCUUCGGGCCCACGCUCGCGGCGGCCAUCUCCACGGGCACCUCCGACGAGACGCUCUCCGUCUUCACCGAGUUCUUCCAGUUCCGUGCCAGGUUCGACGACUUCCCGGCCUUCACCUUCUUCAUGGUCGCCAACGCCGUCGCCGCGGGGUACCUUGUGCUGUCCCUCCCCUUCUCCAUCGUCGGGAUCAUCCGGCCCAAGGCGACCGGCGUCAGGCUGCUGCUGCUCGUCUGCGACACGGUGAUGGUGGUGCUGGUGACGGCUGCUGCGUCUGCGGCGGCGGCCAUCGUGUACGUGGCGCACGAAGGGAGCCGCCGCGCCAACUGGGUGCCCAUCUGCAUGCAGUUCCACGGCUUCUGCCAGCGCACCAGCGGCGCCGUCGUCGCCUCCUUCCUCGCCGUCCUCGUCUUCAUCGUCCUCGUCCUCCUCUCCGCCUGCGCGAUCCGCAGACAACGCUAGGCUGCCUACGUGCCAUCGCCGACCGAGGUCGAUCGCUCGAGACGCUUUCGAAACAAUUCUGGUCUUGAUUGCCCUUUCUCUACUUUACUUUGAUUUGGUCGUGCUCAUGAGUGAACUGCGUCGUUUCAUAUACUCCAGUGUCCUCUGGUGUAAGGUGUUCGUCAAUCAAUUGUUCGUCGAUCACUGUGCAAUGUAACUACUAUACAAGUGUAUCAAUCAAUUUCAACAUUUCCGACCUGUCUCCAA